ACGAAGUCCCGGGCCGCGCAAACAUGGCGGCGGCUGGCGCGGGCCGGUGAGGCGGUGUCCGGCGGCGGCGACCUAGCGAGCUCGACGAGCUCGGAGAGAUGGGCACGCGCCGCUGAGUGCCGAGUCAGAGUCGAGGGUCCAGUGCGCUGAGCCCAGCCAUGGAGACGAGCGGCGAGCUGGGCGCCAUGGAGACCAUGGACACCCUCACGGAGCUGGGAGAUGAACUCACUCUAGGGGACAUCGACGAGAUGCUCCAGUUCGUCAGCAGCCAGGUGGGAGAGUUUCCGGACAUCUUCUCCGACCAGCUUUGUGGCAGCGCUUUCCCAGGAGGCAGCGGGAACGGUCACGGCGGCAGUGCCAGCGGCGGGGGCCCCUCGGAGAGCCCCGCAUCGAGGCCCUACAGCCAGGCGGCCCCGGCGGCGGCGGGAGGGUCGGCCGGGUCGGCGGGGUCCUUCCCCCAGACUCCAGCCGGGCCCAUCAAAGCCCCCUCGGGCCCGGCGUCCACCCCUCCUCGGCCCGCGCCCCUGCUCCAGCCCCGCCUGCAGCCCCAGCCGCAGCCCCCGCCGCAGCUGCAGCAACAGACCGUGAUGAUCACCCCCACCUUCAGCACGGCCCCCCCGACCAGGAUCAUCCAGCAGCCCCUGCUCUACCAGAACGCGGCCACCAGCUUCCAAGUCCUCCAGCCUCAAGUGCCGAGCCUGGUGACCUCUUCCCAGGUGCAGCCGGUCACCAUCCAGCAGCAGGUGCAGACGGUGCAGGCCCAGCGCGUGCUGACCCAGGCCGCCAACGGCACCCUGCAGACCCUGGCGCCGGCCACCGUGCAGACGGUCGCCGCCCCGCAGGUCCAGCAGGUUCCGGUGCUGGUGCAGCCUCAGAUCAUCAAGACAGACUCGCUCGUCCUGACCACGCUCAAGACCGACGGCAGCCCCGUCGUGGCGGCCGUGCAGAACCCGGCCCUCACGGCCCUCGCGGCGCCCAUUCAGACCGCGGCCCUCCAGGUCCCCACCCUGGUCAGCGGCGGCAGCGGGACCAUCCUCACCACCAUGCCCGUGAUGGUGGGGCAGGAAAAGGUGCCCAUCAAGCAGGUGCCCGGGAGCGCCAAGCAGCCGGAGCCCCCCAAGGAAGGGGAGAGAAGGACCACCCACAACAUCAUCGAGAAGCGCUACCGCUCCUCCAUCAACGACAAGAUCAUCGAGCUCAAAGACCUGGUCAUGGGGACCGACGCCAAGAUGCACAAGUCUGGAGUGCUGAGGAAGGCCAUUGAUUACAUCAAGUACCUGCAGCAAGCCAAUCACAAACUUCGGCAAGAGAACAUGGUGCUGAAGCUGGCCAGCCAGAAGACCAAGCUUCUGAAGGGCAUCGAUCUGGGCAGCCUGGUGGACGCCGAUUUGGACAUGAAGAUGGACGACUUCAACCAGAACGUGCUGUUGAUGUCUCCCCCGGCCUCGGACUCGGGCUCCCAAGCAGGCUUCUCGCCGUACUCCAUCGAUUCGGAGCCAGGGAGCCCCUUGUUGGACGACGCGAAGGUCAAGGACGAGCCCGACUCCCCUCCGGUGGCGCUGGGCAUGGUGGACCGCUCCCGGAUCCUGCUGUGCGCCCUCACCUGCCUGUGCCUCUCCUUCAACCCCCUGACGUCCCUGCUGCAGUGGGGGGGAGCCCACGACGCGGGCCCGCAGCCAGCGGGGGGCUCCGGCCGCAGCAUCCUUUCCUUGGACUCAGGGGCCGGCGGCUGGUUCGACUGGAUGUUCCCGACCCUCCUCCUGUGGUUCCUAAACGGGCUCAUCGUCCUGAGUGUCUUCAUCAAGCUUCUGGUCCACGGGGAGCCCGUCAUCCGGCUGCACUCGCGCACCUCCGUCACGUUUUGGCGCCACCGCAAGCAGGCCGACCUGGACCUGGCCAAGGGCGACUUCGCCGCCGCGGCCUCCAACCUGCGGACGUGCCUGUCCGUCUUGGGCCGCGCGCUGCCCGCCUCGCCCCUGGACCUGGCCUGCGGCCUCUCCUGGAACGUGAUCCGCUACAGCCUGCAGAAGCUGCGGCUGGUGCGCUGGCUGCUCAAGAAGGGCUCGCAGCGGCGGCGCCGGGCAGCCCCGGCCGCCAGGGGCUCCGAGGACGAGGCCAAGACCAGCGCCCGCGAUGCCGCCCUGGCCUACCACAAGCUGCACCAGCUGCACAUCACAGGCAAGCUCCCCGCCGGCUCGGCCUGCUCCGACCUGCACAUGGCUCUGUGCGCCGUGAACCUGGCCGAGUGUGCCGAGGAGAAGAUCCCCCCCAGCACGCGGGCAGAGAUCCACCUCACGGCCGCCGUGGGGCUCAAGACCCGCUGCGGAGGCAAGCUGGGCUUCUUGGCGAGCUACUUCCUGAGCCGAGCCCAGAGCUUGUGUGGCCCCGAGAGGAGUGCCGUCCCCGACUCCCUGCGCUGGCUGUGCCACCCCCUGGGCCAGAAGUUCUUUGUGGAGCGCAGCUGGUCCGUGACGUCAGCCACCAAGGAGAGCCUGUUCUGUGCCCCCCGGAACCCAGCCGAUCCCAUCGCCCAGGUGCACCAGGCCUUCUGCAAGCACCUGCUGGAGCGAGCCACGGGCGCCCUGGUGAAGCCGCAGGCUGAGAAGGGCCGAGUGGAGCAGCAGGAGGAGACCUGCGAGCUCUCCGGAGCCCUGGAGUACCUGAAGUUGCUGAACUCCUUGGUGGACUCUGUGGGAGUCGUGGCUCCGCCCGUCACAGGCGGCUCCGUGCUCAAGUCGGCCCUCGGGCCAGACGUCAUCUGCAGGUGGUGGACGUGCGCGGUCUGGAUGGCCGUCGGCUGGCUCCAGGGCGAUGAUGCCAUCGUGCGGUCACGCUUCACCGAGGUCGAGAGGCUCCCCAAGUCCCUGGAGAUGGCAGAGAAUCCCCUCGUGAAGGCCGUCUUCCACAUUUGCCGGGCCAUGCACGCCUCGCUCUCAGGGAAGGCCGAGGCCCAGCAGACUUCCUUCGGUCACUGCGAGAGGGCUAGCGGCCACCUCUGGGGCAGCCUCAAUGUCAGCGGCACGGCCUCCGACGCAGGGCUCACCCACGUGGUCCAGCUGCUCGCCUGCGACCUGCUGCUGUCCUUGCGCACCGUGCUGUGGCAGAAGCAGGCCGGCUCCAGCCCGGCCCCCGGGGACACCUGCCACGCCUCGGCCCCCGAGCUCGCCGGCUUCCAGAGGGACCUGGGCAGCCUGCGCCGGCUGGCACACAGCUUCCGGCCGGCCUACCGGAAAGUGUUCCUGCACGAGGCCACUGUGCGCCUCAUGGCCGGCGCCAGCCCCACCCGCACCCACCAGCUCCUGGAGCACAGCCUGCGGCGCCGCUCGGCCCAGACGCCCAAGCACGGUGAGUCCGGUGGCCAGUCCCUGCCCGCACGCCCACGUGGCCACCGGUGUGGAGGCUCACUGGGCCCCUCCCUCCCCGCAGGAGAGGCCGACGCCUUGCCCGGGCAGAGAGAACGGGCCGCCGCCAUCCUGCUGGCCUGCCGCCAUCUGCCCUUGUCCUUCCUCUCGUCCCCGGGCCAGCGGGCUGUGCUGCUGGCAGAAGCCGCCCGGACCCUGGAGAAAGUGGGGGACAAGCGUUCUUGCAGCGACUGCCAGCAGAUGAUCGUCAAGCUGAGCGGGGGCACCGCCAUCGCGGCCUCCUAAGCCGGCCCCCGGCCCCCACCCAGCCACUCAAACCCUCCGUCUCUGUCACCGUCUCGGCCCGCGCCACCCCCGGGUGCCCCGUCCACCUGUGCCCAGUCCAGGAGCAGCCCGGAAACUCAUUCCAUCAUUCUCCCGGGAGAGAGGAGGCCGCGCGUGGUUUGCCGAGGCUUCGGGGUGUCGGGGUCCCUCUUCCCCGCGCCUCCAUCCCUUGUCCUGUCUUCGUUCUUUUCCCCGUAGUGCAAGCGUAGCUGUAGGGGUGAGUGUGGCGGCCGGUCCCAGCGCCCAGCUCCCGAGGGGAGCCCCAGAGAAGGGCAGGCCGCGCUCAGGGCAAAUAUGGAAUAAAAUCAUCGUUUUUUAAUUUUCUAAGAAAAAUAAACGGUAUCCUCCCUAAGUGGCCCACCCUUCCCUGUCCGUCUCUUUCUCCUGGUCCACGAGAAUCGGGCUUCCAAGGCAAGUGGCCGUGGCUGGACCCCGUCUGCCUACUGGGGUGUGUGCCCAGCGGUGCUCUUGUCCUCUCGGGCCCUCCCUAGCCAGGCCAGAGGCCACCCCCCAGACCCGCCUCGGGGGGGGCAUUGGGGGAGCCCAUGAUGGGGGCCCUCCGAUGGAGCAUCACAGACGUGUCCAGCCAUCUCUGUCCACUCCCUGUGGGAGACCCAGCAUGGCAGACGGCGCCAGGGCAGCUGGCUCUUUGGUUUGCGGCAGGCCUGGGCUUAGGGGCGCAGGGCAGUCUGGGACAGAAAGGGCCAUGGGGGCAGCCAGAGGCAGGAUCGGGGCUCAGGGAAGCCCGCCCCAGCCCCCCUGAGCUCGUCCGCUCUUCAGGAUUUCCCACGGUCCUUUGCCCCGGCCCUGUAAGGACCCAGUCGGCCCGCCGAGCGCAGAGCAGAGCCUCUGCACCCCCCUUUUCCUUCUCUUAUUUAUGGGCCUGGCGCCGGCCCUGAGAGUUGUUUUGUGUCUGUGUGUAUAUGCUGUGCCUUGGUGGUGGGGGUUUGGGUGGGGGGAGGCUCAUGUGUAGAACUGGGGUGCUAGUCAGCCCCCCGAGGAAGGCCGGGGGCUCACGGCUCCCCAAAGGCCCUUUCCUAUGUUCAGUCGCGUACCUUGUCCGGGAAUCAGGAUACUCAAUAAACUGAGCUUGGUCUCGC